AUGACAUUCACUAAAGCUGCUACUAAGACCAAAACCCUUUUGAAUGGGGUCAAAAUUCCUAUUCUCGGCUUAGGGGUAUACAAGGCAGCGAAAGAAGAGACUGAACGCAUUGUCUAUACUGCGUUGAAGCAAGGCUAUAGGCAUGUAGACAGUGCUGAAUUCUACGGUAAUGAAAGAGAAGUUGGGUUGGCAAUCGCCAAGUUUUUGAAGGACACACCAACUGUGUCGAGAGGUGAUAUUUUUUACACUACCAAAGUAGCUCCCACCUGCCUUGGCUAUGAAGAGGCCAAAAUGGCAAUUGCGCGGUCGUUGGAACGAGUCAAGGAAAUUGAUUAUGUGGACUUGUUCUUAAUUCACAGCCCAGUUCCUGACGCUGAAAAGCGCUUGGGUGCAUGGAAGGCGUUACAGGAAUAUUACGAACAAGGAAAGAUCAAAGCUAUCGGAGUAUCCAAUUACAAUAUCGAGCUGUUGGAAGAAUUGCUAAACUGGGAUGGCCUAAAGGUCACACCUGUGGUCAACCAGUUCGAAUUAAAUCCAUGGCUUGUUCGUAAGGAGCUGUGCGACUACUGUGUGAGCAAGGGUAUUGUCAUCGAAGCAUUUUCGCCCCUCACGAGAGGUUUCCGCAUGGAUGACCCAGCUUUGCAGCAAGUUGUGAAGAAAUCGCACCCAGAUAAAACUCCCGCCCAAAUCUUGAUCAGGUGGUCUUUGCAGAUGGGCUUUAUCCCCCUUCCUAAGUCAAGCAACGAACAAAGACUACUCGCUAACUUGGAGUCUCUGGACUUCGAGCUCAGUGAUGAAGAUAUGAAGAUCCUGACCCACGAAAACGAUUACUAUGUGUCUAAUCCUGCAUUCGACCCUAUCAGUAAGAAAUACCUCACUUUCUAG